AAUCGCGAUUCUCUGAUAUGCUGUCACUUGAUACUUUGGUCUACCUUGAUCCAGUAUAAUCUCCUCUGUAUUAUGCCCCGAAUGUUCACAUACAUACCAACGAGACGGGUCAACGGCUUCAGAUAAGCCAUACUCAGGGUACUCGGACCUCGGCUCUUUUCGACCCAGUCGUGCUUCUCCACCCCCUCGCCGCGCCCUUGACCGAAUAAACUAGACCUUAGAUCCAUCACCAAUAUAUUAACAUGGCAGAGUAUGUGCCAGUCAGUCACCAGCUCUCUGACAUAACAAAGCGCUGGAAACGGACGCAGACAGACAGACGUUAUAAGCAGCCAGCCGAUGCUAGUGUUAGGCAAAGAUGGCCGGCCCGAAGAUUACGCUCUACGUGGACAUUGUCAGUCCUUUUGCGUACAUGGCUUACUAUAUGCUUAGGCACUCCCCCAUCUUUAAGCCCGCCAACAUAACAUACACGCCCAUCCUCCUCGGCGGUCUCAUGAAAGCUUGCAACAACACGGCGCCCAUCCAAAUCCGCAACAAAGACAAAUGGAUCAAUACAGAACGCCUCAGGUGGGCCCGCCAAUUCCAUAUCCCCAUGAGUCAAGAUUUCCCAGCAGGCUUUCCCAAACCAACGCUCCAUGUCCAGCGCUUCCUGACCGCCUUGCACAUGACACACCCGGACAAGCUCACACUGGCCCUGGACACACUCUACGCCGCAUUGUGGACGGAACCGAACGAAUCGGAGCUGCCGGACCCGAAAGUUUUCGCCGGCGUGCUCGAGAAGGUCCUGGGUAAGGAUGUCGUGGCCGAAUGUGUGAGUAAAAUGGGUAGUCCGGAGGUCAAGAAAGAGCUCUCGGCGAAGACGGACCAAGCACUGAACGACGGCGCUUUUGGACUGCCGUGGUUUCAGUGCGAGAACGCCGACGGCAGUGUCGAGGGGUUCUGGGGAUUCGACCACUUAGGCCAGGUUGUUAGGUUUCUAGGACUGGAUACGUCUGGGAAAGGGGAGAUUAGAGCGGUUAUGUAGGAUGGUGUCGGAAGUUCAGCCGUGAAAGUGGAAAGGAGACUGAAGAAGAGGGACUGUACAGCGGUCGUCCUGUGCAGGCCUUCCCCGGUUGUGAUCGCCGUUUCGUCAUGCGAAUGAGCGGGAUUCGAUGCUGAUGUCUUCUGCUGAGUUGUAGGUGUGCUCUUAUACUCUUGGGGACUCUCUGGUUGUGAAGCACGCUAUCAACGGAGUUCGAUCCGUUCCAACUUCGCCGUGCCCAUGGACUCCAGCACUCCACAAUUACUCAAUCCUUCGACAUAGCUAGUGCCCACGAAUUCAUAAUGAC